GACUUAAGAAGGAUGUCAUAUGUGUGAAGCAAGUUGAGAGAGGAAGAGAGACAGGGCGGUGUUGGGGGGGAGCAGCUUUAAGCAGUCGCUCUUUUCCUCGUCUGCAUCAAAGAUGCAAAGUGGACGAUCACUUUGGACACAAAAGCUGCUGCUAACUUCUUUCACGCUAUGGACAACACUUUGGGUUUCCACGUCUGCUCGCAGCCCGCCCGCCCCUGAACUUGGGAUCCGUUCGUGGUCCGGAGCCUCGGUGGCCCUGGUCUGCCGGGCCUCAGAAGGUCACCGAGGAAUUCUCUUCAAAUUGUUCAGAUUCACCGUGGAGGUGGACGCAGUGGAGCUGUCCCCCACCGAGGAGGUCCUCUUUAACGUCCACCCAUCCGUGACAGGGGAAGCUGAACUUUUUUGCUGCAUGUAUAAGAACCAGCAAGGCCUCUAUAGUGCUUUCAGUCCCUAUCUAUCCAUUAAACAACCAACAAAUGGCACCCCCACUCUGGCUGCACCCACCCUACCACCUCCAGUCCUGUCAGUGGAUCCCCCCAGUGGCACGGUUGAACGUGGCGAGAUGUUGUCCUUCAGCUGUUCCAUCCCGGCUCUUCCGUCCGCCUACAGCCCGACCUCCCUUCUUUUGCUGCGGUCAUCCUCCAACGGGGAGUCCGUGAGCAGUCAGCAUCAUGACGUGGGCGUGUCAAAGCUGGAAUCCCAAGCGGGAGUGUUCAGUGUGGGGCCGGUGAAACGGGGAGAAGGCGGCGAGUACGCCUGCAUCUACCGCACCGCCAUCGCAGGGGACAUUUUCAAUUCAACUCUCAGCAACAAGAUUCGAAUCACCGUGAGAGAUGAUCUGCCCGUACCCACCCUUGUCCUCCAACGAGACAAACUAGUGUGGCACAUGCUCUGCACGGGUUCCCCCGCGUACCCCGGCCCAGUGUUCACCCUCUACUUGUUGGACAGACAACUUCCCGUAGCCAGUCAACAUGCACACCUCACCAGCCACAAAAUCACCUUUCCAGUGCCCGUGCAGGACACUUUGGUGGCUUCGUACCAGUGCCAGUACAGCAUUCUCUUGGGAGGGAAGUGGAUUUACUCGGAACGUAGCCGCCCACUGGCUAUUUCCAAAGGUCUUCCUUCUCCAUCACCAGCAGAUGUGUCAAGUGUGGAUUGGCCUCUGAUCCUUGGCUCCUUAUCCACUGUGGUGCUCUUCCUCUGCUCACUGGGCCUGCUGGUGGUGGUGGUGCUUAAAAAAGUGAAAGCAGCAGCUGAUGAAAAAAAGAGAAGACUGGAAGCAAAGUUUUGGACUCGAGUUCACGCCAAGGAUCCCGUUGUUGACCUAACUCUCAGGUGUCCCAGUGUCACCUCCCAGGAAUGGGCCAGCGGGGACACCACCGCCAGAUCCCCAUUAUGGAACUCCCACACCACAUUCACAAAUCCCGUCCAUUAGAACACCCAUGUAUUUAUACUUUACUAUUGUGUGUCUGUGUAGCAUAAACUGGCUUUAAACACAGCAAGACAGGAAAAGCAAUUUCCUUACUUCCUAUUUCACGCGGAGAGCCACGCUUCUAUAAUUAGACAGGAUGUGAUGUUUGCUUUAUGUAGCUACCUGCCACUAGUGCUUAAUAAAAUCUGCCAAAUUGUGA